GUGACAUUCAUCUCGUGCGUUGUCUUUAGAGACCCCAAAGCGGCGGUAGGGUUGGUUGGUUGGACCAUUGCGAUUCAUUGUGCACAAGGCAAGCGGCUUCUCCUUGUUGACGGAAAUUCGCUGACAGAGCACCAGUUGUUUUCGCAGGCAGAUGUUGGCGACUGAAGUGGGCUACCGGUUACAACUUUAAUUUUAAUGCUAAGGAAAAUUCGAUGACACGUACUCUUAUCGCUAGUAUAAGCUGAAAUGUAUGGUAUGCGCUCGGCCACCAAUCACUACAGAUAGACUCCACUAGACACCUCCACACCUCCAGCAAUGAUGGCUGUGCUCCGCUCUGGAGGGAGAGUGUUCGUCAUGCUCCUCAUUAGCAGGAUGUUGGAGAACUCGCUGCUCAGCGCUGAAGUGAAAGAGGGAGAGAUUCUGCCUCCCACCAUUCAGAAGCUGAUGAAAGGAUACAACAAGUACCUCAGGCCUUUUUUUGACAAUGGGCCAGUGACUGUGGGCAUGAGUUUGGACAUUGCCAGCAUUGACACCAUAUCAGAGAUCAACAUGGACUACACGGCCACUAUCUUCCUGCGUCAGCGCUGGACAGACGAGCGCCUGGUGUUUGAGGGUAACAAGAGCCUGAGUCUGGACGGCAGGCUGGUGGAGCUGCUCUGGGUACCAGACACCUUCAUCGUAGACUCCAAAAAGUCCUUCCUCCAUGACAUCACUGUGGAGAACAGGCUGAUCAGGAUCUUCCCCAAUGGAACGGUGCUCUACGCCCUGAGGAUCACCACCACUGUGGCCUGCAACAUGGACCUGACCAAGUACCCCAUGGACAAGCAGACCUGCACUCUGCAACUGGAGAGCUGGGGCUACAACAUCAAUGAUGUGAUGUUCUACUGGACCAGAGGGAAUGAGUCGGUCAGUGGUUUGGAUACUCUGCGUCUGGCUCAGUACACAGUAGAGGACCACUACACCUCUGCGUCUGAGGCCAUCUAUGAAACAGGCCACUACCCCAAGCUGAUCUUCCACUUUGAGCUGAAGAGAAGCAUCCUGUACUUCAUCCUGGAGACGUACGUUCCCUCCAGCCUGCUGGUGGUCCUCUCCUGGGUCUCUUUCUGGAUCAGCCAGUCUUCUGUCCCCGCAAGGAUCUGUAUCGGAGUGACCACAGUUCUGACCAUGACCACAUUAAUGAUGGGUGCCAGGACGUCCCUGCCUAACGCCAACUGUUUCAUCAAAGCCAUCGACGUGUACCUGGGCAUCUGCUUCAGCUUCAUCUUUGGAGCCCUGAUCGAGUACGCCGUGGCCCACUUCUGCACCCUUAACCAUCCCGACGCCAACAUUGUCAUGUACGGUCACCAGAUGGGAGGCUUUGACGAGGAGAUGAAUGGCAUGGUCACCACCAUCGCCGCUGAAAACAACAGGGCCAAGAGGCGUAAGGAGAAAGCUGCUGUAGAUGAAGCGGCCUUAGCGGCCACAGCUGAGCUGGUACUUUGCCCCUCCAGCCCCACUGGCAGUGCCAAGCCUGAGGCCCCUGAGGAGCCCCCCAACCGAUGCCUCAUUGUCCUGGUCCUCCUCCGCAAGGUCCUACGCAAAGCUGCAAACUGUUGCCAUGUGGAGAAUCCCCACUUAAUAGACAAUUACUCCAGGAUGACCUUCCCCCUCUCCUUUGUAUUCGUCAACCUCCUCUAUUGGACAUACUACCUGUACUUGUAAUCACAGGGGUGUGGGAGUGUGUUUGGGUAUGUUUCUGUCUGUGAUUCAUACAUGUGUUUUUUUUAUUUUUUUUUAAACAAUGCACAUUUUUACAUUCAUGUUAUGAGUGAGGCAUAGUGUACAGUCAACCAUGCCACAUUUAUUAUACCUUAUUUAGCUCAUUACAGCUUUCAUAAUUGAUUGAUUUCCAUGUUGUUAUUUUAUUCUCGCCUGCUGAUGGUCAUAGACGACCUACAGAUGUAGGAUCUUAAUAUGAGCCAGUUUUCUACAGCAGGAAAAUUAUCCUGCAGCAACAUGAAAUGUGAAUUAUUAUAUGGACUAUAAUUACUUUUUUUGUAGGGGUUGAUACAUUUUUCAUUAUUGCAAAUCAAGUGUGACAUUUUAAAGUACAAAUGUCAAACUUUAGAAGCCUUUUUAAACCUUGAAUACUCUCUCAAAACAAUUUAAGUUGCUUUACUGGCAUGAGAAACAUUGUGUUUACAUUGCCAAAGAAAGUGAAAUAGAUAAUAAACAAAAGUGAAAUAAACAUACCAAAAUUACCAGUAAACAUUACACUCACAAAAGUUCAAAAGAAUAAAGACAUUUCACUCUCUCUCUUUUUCUCUCUCUCAUCCACUCUCUUUCUUUCUCACCCCCCUCGCUACCAUUUCCUCUCUCCACCACAUUAUGGAAAUUUACUCUCAAAGGCACCUAUAAACUAUUUUAUUUAAUUUUUCAUCAUACUAUUCUGUUUCCAGUAUGUUUUACAAGGGACACAACUGCCAGCACCUUAACUGGAAUAAUGCAAUAGAAUGGUGUGGAUACACAGCUCCUACUGGACACGCGAGUAACAGUGAUAUAUGCCGUAUUGUUUCAUUGGAGCUGGUAAAUAGUAUUUUCCACUGUGCUUUGUGAUACAUGCCAUCUUAAUCGUUAAGCUAGUACCUUGUAUUAGAUGUUUUAGGACAUUUUAAAUAGAGGUGAAACCUCUACUGUAUUUUAACAGGAUGUCAUCAUCAAUCAUCGUUUCAUCAUCCAGGAAGCUUUGCAUGUUGAACUAACAUGCAAAGCUUCCUCAAUCUUUUGUCAAUGUCCUUGUUCUCUGUCGUGUGAGUGUUGUGUGUGAUGACGAAUGUCAUAUAUUCCCGAUAAUGUUUUCACAUUUAAGUAACCAAAGGACCAAAGAUUUCAAUUUGAUUUGUAAUCCUUCAUGGUUCUCUUUUGACUUUGUUGCGUACAUUUUGAAAUGAUUAAUUCUUAGUUCCCAUUGCUGCGUGAAAAAUCCUACAUCGAAGGUAAUAGCAUGCUAUAUCAGCAUGCAAAAGGAACACUGCAACAUUCCAUAGUCCUGUGCAGACAGACACAGUCUCACAAUCUAUGCAUGUUUGUUUAUAUCCUAAAUAUUAAGUGCAUUUUUCUGUUACAAUGCUUUCACCCAUUUCCGUAAAGCCAUUGACAAGUAGGUUGUCCAGAGCAUAGAAUAACAACAUAAUGAUUUGUUUCAUGAUGAUGAUAUUGAUCAUCGUAAUGCAUUCUCUUAAUUAAUGUACAUAAUGGAAGUUUAUAUUUGAAAUAAUUCGCCAGAAUGCAACAUUAACAUUUGUGUUAAUCUCAUUUUCGCCAUAAGGGUUUUCUUCUAGCCUUCUCUUUUUCUAAAAUGCAAUCCAAUGCAUUUGCUCUGCCAAACAUGGUCUUGUUCAGUGCAAUAGAAUGAAAUAUCAAAUAUCUUUGAUAAUGAGCUAACUACUGAUGAAAAUAGAAAGACAAUUAUUUCGGUUUUGUUUUGCACGGUUACCAAUAACUUUAUUUUGCUUUCUGUUUCUUUGCUUGUUUUGGGUUUUCAUUGGGUUGUUUGCUAGACUAGGGAAGAUAAGUAUUGAUUGUAAUGCAAUACAAACGGAGGCUAUCUAAAAAUCUAAUAUUAUAGAGAACUGCCCUCAAUUAUACUGUCACUGGGGACCAAACUUAGAUGUUACUUACAUUGAAUGUACACUUAUAUUGAACUUACUACAGUUUUGAUACAAAAUGCUUCUCUAUGUUGCUAGAGCAACUUUAUAAGUAAAGUUUGAUCUCUUAGAAUCUGGUCUAUGGUAAAGAAGAAAAAUGCACUGAACUAAUAUAUGUAGAUCAGUGCUAAAUCAUGACGGUCAACUUACAGUGUAUGUUACAUGGUCAUUGUGUUGGGUCCCCUGAUAUCCCCUACGCUACUGUAGCCAGUGCCAAAAUGGAGCAAAAUAAUCCACUAAAUCAAACCACUAAGGAAAUAUUCCCUUUGUUUCACGAGAAUCCCACAAAUUCCCAUUCCCAAUUUCCCUUUACUGUGGAUUUGCAACAAAUGUGUUUGCUAUUUAAUAAUGUUGUCAAGUGAGCCCCUCUUUUUGGACUCCAGACUCAAUGUCUCCUCUCCCAAGAUGUAACUACAUAAUUAGUGAUCUGUUUUGCUGCAGUGAAUGGACACAGUAUUGGAUAAAUAUCCGCAAUGGCAGGAUACAUGAUACACAGGACACAUGUCCAGGUACUGCAAGUCCAAGCAACCAACCUGACCAAUGAGAGUGUACUAUUCUACAUUCCCUCCCCUACCCACUUGCCUCUGACAGACUGAUUGGCCAACGUUGGAGAAACCUAUUUUCCUAAAAUGUUCAAGGUGAUGUUGUGUUAUUGACGUCAACGUUCUUGGGACAUCUUCCUGUAAAAUGUGUUCACACUGUAACAUUUGAAUGUAGACAUUUUGUUUGCUGAAAUUGUUGUAAAUAGAUAGUUAUACUUUGCAUGUUUAUUUGAUGUUUCAAUAUUGAUUAAUGUAAUAAAAUAAACUGCCUAAAAUUG